AUGCUCGCCCGCCCGACGCCGCUCGCCCGCAAGCCCGCCGCCGCUCACCCGCACGCCGCCGCCACCGCACGCCCGCCCGCACGCUACCCAGACGCCGACGCCGCACGCCCGCGCGCCGCCCGCCGCCGCUCGCCCGCACGACGCCGGCGUACGCCUGCAUGCUCGCCCACGCCACGACGCUCGGCCACACGCCACCGCCGCCACCCUUACCUGCACACUGGCCCCGCCACGCCUGCGCCUGCCGGUCACCGAAGCCACGCCGCUGAGCCCAGACGCCCGCGGGCUUGCCACCCCGGCGCCGGCACUCGGCCCGCCAAUGGCCUCGACGGCGCUCGCGAGCCCACGUCGACGCCCUCGCCCUCUCGCGAAAGGGUGGCUGGCCGGCGGGGCUGCUACGCCACCUCCCUCACCGGUGCUCGAGCUAGGCCCGCCACGCUCGCGCCUGGGCUCAGCCUCGCCGGCGCUCACCACCCGGACGCCGACGCCCUCGCCGCCGGUUGCUGGUCGCCGCGCCCAGGCUGGCUACGCCCAGGCUCGGCGCUCGCCGCGGUCACACUAGCCGCGGCCACGCACGUCGCGCCCCUGGUGGCCGCUCGCCGCGGCCACAAUCGCUGCUCGCUGCGGCAACGAUCGCUACUCGCCGCCGCCACACUCGCCGCGCCCACGUUCGCCGCGCCGACGCUCCCCGCUCCCCGCGCCCAUGCUUGA